AUGGUGUGCAGCAAGUGUCUGAAGCUCACCAAGAGCACCAAGCUUGCGACUCCAGAGGUCAAGAAGAAGAGCGAAAUGUACUACGGCUCGCCAGCCAGCGCAAAGGCAGGCAGCUCCAAAUCAGCAACUCUGGGCAACACCGGAGUGUCAAAGAGCAAGCUGCUGUCAAAAGCAGCAAAGAAUCCAUACGCACAGUACUCCAGUGGGAAUAGUUCGUGCUCAAAGUGCAAAACCAAAAUCACUCAAGGCCAUUCCUAUUGCCAGAAGUGUGCCUACCAGACGGACUCAUGUCCCAUGUGUGGAAAGCCAAACAAAAAGUCCACCUCCAAGGCACCGACUGUUGAUGCUUACAAAAACACUCUGAAGUGA